CUCGUACGCAAACAAUUCACACUGCCUCUAUUUUAAAAAUGUUGUUCUUUAUGUUUCGAAAGAAAUUAAUUUAUUCUAAUAUUAUUAUUAUUAUUAUGCAUACAUGAAUCACCAUGUUCUUUUGAUAGUAACAAGAUUUAACCUGCUACGUGUGUUUACAUUUAUGCAUAUAAUUACAACGUGAAAGAGUCAACGACCUUUAGUUUCGUGAGGCUAAAUUAUAAGUGAAUCAUUGUAUCUAAUACGAAUGCUAUACAUGUAAUUCAGUAUACAUACUCUCAUAGAUCAUAACUUUUUUUUAAACAAGUUUUAUUUUAUGUAUCACUUUAUAAACAAAACUAUAUAAUUUGCGCUUUUACACGCACAGUUAAAAAGCUACGACAUCAGAAACUUAAUAAUGUUUAUUUGACCUUAUUUCAGUGCGUUGGAAUGUUUUUUGUUACUGAACAAUAACGUUGAUUGAUAACUUUAACGGAAAAUGACAUGAAUUGUUUACUAGUUUUGUUCAGGACCAUUAUUUUUGUAACUAUGUUUAAUAGUAACAUGUAAUAUUGGAAAUAUAAAUAAUUCAUAUUAUACUUUUUUCCGAAAUACCUUUUGUGAUUACACCAUAUUGCAAGUUGCAAGUAGAAGGGACGUAUUUCGGCCACAGUAUUCACAGUCAUUUCUUAAGUCGGAAGAGUUAAUAGAGAUUGCUCCCAGGAUCAAACUUCGGUGUAUCUAUUCGUGUAUGGAAUUGCUGAAAGCCAGGAAUGAGCCUUAGCACAGUAGCAGAUACUAACUGGAACAACGGGCAAUCACACAAGAGAGCAAUUGAUAACACGUGGAAGAAACUAACUGAUUAUAUGAAUCCAACACCAAUUAUAGAAUACGCAAACCAAGAAGCAUUCUUCCCUUACAGUGUCAUCAGAGAUCUAAAGGAAUUCUGAGUUACUUCUGAGAAGAAUGAAGAAAUUCUCAAAAGAGUUAGGGCAAAAGAUCGGGCAGCAUUUAAUUGUUUCAAAUCCUACCUAAGAAUAUCAAAUCAGUCUAAGCUUGCUGAACUGCUGGAAUGCGUGGAGAUGGGAAAAGAUAUUACCGAUAAAAUGAAAGAGCUUGAUGAUACUUAUAACAAAACAGCUGGAUAUGGUAUAGUUAACAGCGUGCAAAAUGCACUAGGAACACAGCCAGGAAAUACAUUUUCAAGGAGAACAGUAAAUCUUCAAACAAAUCCACAGGAAAGAUAUGACAAAAACCUGAUCUUCUCUGAUCAGUUUGAUGGUAAUGAGAUUGAUGCAAAUAAAUGGAAGCAUGAAAUAUCUGCAUCUGGAGGAGGGAACUGGGAGUUCCAGAUAUACUCACCUGAACAAGUCAACAGCUUCAUCAAGGAAAAUGUAUUAUAUCUCCGUCCCACAUUAACAGCUGACAAAUUUGGUGAGGAAUUUCUAUACCGUGGUAUUUUAGACGUUGAAGAGAUCUGGGGAGAAUGUACAAACACCAAGUUUUAUGGUGGAUAUCGAGAUUCAAAAUAUGGCAUGAUAUCACCGGUAAUGUCGGCCAAAUUGAUGUUGCAAGAAAAGUUCAGUUUCAGGUAUGGUCGAGCGGAAGUUGAGGCUAAAAUGCCAAAAGGGGAUUGGAUACGGCCAUCAAUUCAAUUGCUCCCUCGAGACAAUGUUUAUGGAGAAUGGCCAAGCUCAGGACAGAUUGUUAUGGCUGAAAGCAGAGGUAACCUUAACUAUGGAAGAAUUGGUGUAGAGAACGUAACAUGCACGCUUCACUGGGGAACUCAGUGGAAUGAAAAUAGAUGGGAAAUGACAACUGGUCAGAAGAAAUCUGCAGUUGAAACAUGGGGAGAUGAUUUUCACACAUUUUACAUGGAUUGGACUCCUGAUCAUAUAACACUUGGAGUAGAUGACGUACCAGUAAUGACAUCAGUAACUCCUAUAGGUGGAUAUUUCAAGAAAGGAUUUUUUGAUGGAGAUAAUAUUUGGUGUGAUGGUGGAAAAAAUGCGCCUUUUGACAGAGAGUUUAGUCUCCAAUUUAGCCUGGCUGUCGGGGGAACCAAUGACUACUUUCCAGAUUUCGUGCAGAAUGUUGGCUAUGAGAAGCCAUGGUGCAACAGGGACCACGGGCGGCAAAAAAGUUUUACGAGUCGAGAGAUAAAUGGAGGGAUACUUGGAAUGGAGAGGACGCUGCACUGAAAAUCCGUUCUGUUAAAAUAUGGUCGGAUAAGAUAUCAUGACAAUAAAUGUAUCCUAUAAAAUGCUGUUGUUCAUGCUAUAAAUUACUGAAGUUUUGGCGGCUUUCUCUACUGGAAGUGGGAGUCUUAUAUACAUUAUACAUCCCUUAUUGAAUAAAUACAAUGCCCUGUAUUGUGAAUGCUGUAAAACCAGUAGUCUGUUUCAACAUUAACAGCAUGCUGUUAUGUUUCAUACAAUCACAACUUGCAGCCUAUAUCGUCUUUGAAAUAAUCACACUUUAGAAUGAUAGUUCUUCUAACGUACUUUAUAAUGAAGUAAAUCUUAUUUUACAGUUCGAUAAUAAUCAGUACAUUUGCAGUCUGUCACAUUUACAACGAACAUAAUUGAAGAAACAUAAUUGCACGUUUCAUACAGUUCUCAUUUUGUUUGAAAUAUACUAGUCUAUACAUAUCCUGACAAUCUGGUACACCUGUUUUACAUUUUAAAACGGAAUUGUAAUUAAAUGCGUGUUAAAAAUGCUAGAUACAAAGUGAAAGAAUAUGUCAAACGAAUGUUGAUCUAUUGAGCACAAUAUUAUUAUUGUAGCGUAAGAAUUUACGCAUUCAGCACGCGAGUCAUCUGGGGUGUAAGACGGGGUUUUCCAGCAUUGGCAUACUAUAAAAACAUUAGUUUUACUUUAUUUCUUAUUUUAAUUGAGGAAUACGAAAUGCAAGAAAAAGAAUAUAUCACUAAUUGAGUGUAUGGAUGGAAAUAUCUUGCAUUGGGAUAACUGUUUUGUGAUAACUCGGCAGAGCCUCGUUACUGCCUAAACAGCUAACCUCGAACCAGAUAUUUCCAUCCGCACCUUCCAGUGAAAGAUUCUGAUAAUGUUCACUUGACAAACAACUCA